AUGUACGCUGCGCAUCAUCGCGUGGCCCCGUUGCGCCGUGGGGACGUCACAGCGGGGCGUCGUUGUGCACCCACCCCGUGCGACUCAUUUGUCCCCACACCAAUGGGGACGCGGGAGGAUCCGCACACACAGCGCAACACCCAAGUGCGCUGCGGAGCAGUCUCGUGUCAUGCCGUGGCCCCCGCUGGCGUCUACUCCCCACCGGCGCCGCUGCAGCAGUCGCGGCUGGCGGCUCCGCCUACCUCAGAUCCGUUGCGGAGCUCACAGAUGUCGAUGCAUGCGGCAUCAACACCGACGACGAGUACAAUGCCACUCACACAAGUGCAGCUGGGCGAUGCCUCAUCCUUGCAGGCCACACUCUCGCAGGCGUCACGCCAUCACAAGGAGACCGCCUCGGCGCUUCUCUCCCUGGCGCAGUGUAUGCAGCAGCAGGAGAAGCAUCUUGCUUCCAACUCGCAUAGCCUCUCACACCUCGCUGCUCUCGUUGACAGUCAGCAUGCUCAGGUGACGGCGCUGCAUAGCCUCACUACUGAGGUGCGAACCAUGGUGGCGGCGAUUCGUGAUGCGGCGGCAGUUCUACAGAAAACACAAAGUGUUAAGGAACCUCCCACACCUCGACGCAACUCCGUUCGUAAUCAACCCCGCAUACGGCAGUUGGCACCAACGGCGGCCCCUUCUACCCGUUUUGGACUCGUGCUUGGCGCCGACUCCCCUUUCAUGACGCCGUGCGCGCGAGGGGAGGAGGAAGAAGAGCAGGGGAUGUUUGAGAAGGGAGGGGCGGCGCACGUUUGCCACUCGCAUCGUUCGCAGUUUAUGCUGCAAGCCACGGAAGGGUGUGCAGCGGCAUCGGAAUUCAUUGAAGACGAUAUCUUCUCCAUGUGA